GAUGGCGGCCGUGUCAAGCGGAGGUGCUGCUGGGUCCGCUGCGGCCGGGAUUACGCACUCUGCCCGACCGACCCACGCAGUAAUGGGCUCCCAGAACCGAGCCCAGCCAUCCUCCGGGAUCAGCCACUCCAGUCGUACCAGCACGGCCACUGGGUGCAUCACCAAUCCUGGCCACACUUCGGCCACCAGGCCCCCCCCAGCCCGAGUGGGCCACUAUGAAAUCGAGCGGACCAUCGGCAAGGGAAAUUUCGCGGUUGUUAAACUAGCCACACACAUCAUUACCAAAGCAAAGGUGGCUAUAAAAAUAGUGGAUAAGACCCAGCUGGACGAUGAGAACCUGAAAAAGAUCUUCAGAGAGGUGCAAAUCAUGAAGUUGCUGAAGCACCCCCACAUCAUCCGCCUCUACCAGGUGAUGGAGACGGAGAGGAUGAUCUAUCUGGUAACAGAGUACGCUAGUGGUGGAGAGAUAUUUGACCACCUGGUGGCUCAUGGGCGUAUGGCAGAAAAGGACGCCAGAAAGAAGUUCAAGCAGAUUGUGGCAGCAGUCCAUUUCUGUCACUGCCGCAACAUCGUCCACAGAGACCUGAAGGCUGAGAAUCUGCUCCUGGACCACAACCUCAACAUCAAAAUCGCAGAUUUUGGCUUCAGUAACAUGUUUUCUCGAGGCCAGCUGUUGAAGACAUGGUGUGGCAGCCCUCCCUAUGCCGCACCCGAACUCUUUGAGGGCAAGGAGUAUGACGGACCGAAAGUAGAUAUAUGGAGCUUAGGUGUGGUGUUAUAUGUGUUGGUGUGCGGCGCCCUGCCUUUCGAUGGCAGCACUCUACAAAAUUUGCGGGCACGUGUCCUCAGUGGCAAGUUCCGCAUCCCCUUCUUCAUGUCCACAGACUGUGAGUACUUGAUCAGGCACAUGUUAGUUCUGGAGCCCAGCAGACGGUUGACCAUGGAGCAGAUCUGUAAGAACAAGUGGAUGAGACAAGGAGACCCAGACCCAGACUUCGACAGGUUGAUAGCAGAGUGUGAACAGGUGAAGACGGAGAGAGAGACGGAGCUCAUCAACGAGCAGGUGCUGAUAGCCAUGUCUGAGAUGGGCCUGGACCGAGAGCGCACGCUUCAGUCCCUACAAACAGAUGCAUAUGAUCACUACAGUGCCAUCUACAGUCUGCUGGCUGACCGCCUCAAGAAACACAAGACCCUGCGUGUUGCCCAGCCCACGCCACGCCCCAUUAGCUAUCCCCUCAAUGCUGUACAGCAGACGGAUCCACAGGGUAAUCCUGUUAGCAUGACCGUUCCCCAUGUCCAGCUCAUCAACCCAGAGAACCAGAUUGUUGAGCCGGAUGGCAGCAUGGCACUGGACAGUGAUGAAGGAGAGGAGCCAUCUCCUGAGGCCAUGGCUCGCUACCUUUCAAUGAGGCGGCACACUGUGGGUGUACCAGGCCAAAGGACAGAGAUGCAGGAAGACCUCCAGAAACUGCCACCCGGUUUCCCACGCGGUGCUGUGCCCCAGCCCCCUUUCCCUCCACUGGCCCCCACUAUGGGCCAAAUGCACACUCUCAUGCCCACACAGAGCCUGCAGCCCACACAGCAGCUGGAGUACAAGGAGCAGUCGUUGCUGCAGCCACCCACACUGCAGCUCCUCAAUGGCAUGGGGCCACUGGGUCGAAGAGCUUCCGACGGCGGGGCUAAUAUUCAACUACCCGCUCAGCUCCUCAAGAGGCCCCGGGGGCCCUCACCACUUGUCACCAGCCCACACCCCAUCACUGCAGUAGCUCCAGUGGAUGAGGAAGGUUCAGACGGAGAGCCAGACCAAGAGGCGGUACAGAGGUACCUGGCGAACCGCUCCAAGCGGCACACGACGCAUGCUCUCAUGAGCACAUCGCAUGGCGAGCCUUCGGCAGAGUCACAGCGGCCCCAGGGCCCCCGCCAGAGGGGGGGCUGGGCCCCCGACAUACACACCCGAUCCAGCUAUAAGGACUGUAACACCCUUCAUCUCCCCAUGGAGCGCUUCUCACCUGUCAGACGGUUCUCUGAUGGCGCCGCCACCAUCCAGGCCUUCAAGGCUCAUCUAGAGAACAGCAGCCUCAUUAAGCAACUGAAGCAGGAGUGUGAGCAGCUCCAAAAAAUGUAUGCUGUUCAGCAGGAUGAGCGACUCCUGGAGCACACCCAGCAGCAGCAUGUCCUCUACCAGCAAGAGCAACAAAUCCUCCACCAGCAAAUCCAGGGUCUGUCUUUAGGCCAUGGAGAGAGCCAGCCUAGUCACCUAACCCACCAGCUCCAGAGGUUGCGUAUCCAGCCCUCCAGCCCUCCGCCAACACAUCCCAGCAACCACCUCUUCAGACAGCCCAAUCAGAGCCCUCCGCCUGGCUCUGCAGGCAUGAUGCAAGGGCAUGGAGGUCCGCCACCAAUGCAGUACCAGCACGGUGCUCCAGCGCUGUACCAGGGCCAGAGUGGCAGCCCACCUCCCACAGGCCUCCCUCGAGUCACUCUAUCAACCAAUCAACAAGCACCAUCUGCUCGCCCCACUGUCCCAUUGCCACAGGGUGUACCUCAACAACAGCAGGUGACCAUUCAGGUGCAGGACGUGGAGCUGGGAGGUGGGGCGCAGAGACAGGGCAGCUUUUUGUCCACGCCAGGGGGACACAGAGUCCUCGGGAAGCAGCUGAGCGCAGACAACGCCGAGAUGCACAGUCGCAGCCUUGGCCGCUUCACAUCAGGCUAUGAGCAGCCCCAGUUCAAUCCCCACCUCUUCUCUGGUGACGCCGCUUCCCGGGGUGCCUCCGGGGUGGUCGGCUCAUUCAGCCCCUACCUGCAGGGAACCUCCCUCAAAGUCCCCAGCCUGGAAGGUUACCAGAGCGGAGCGGUGGGGACCGGCAGCUAUGGCACACCCUCUACACUACAGCAGGCCCUGCUCUCCCCAACUCCUUUGGACUACCGCCCCCCUCAACAGCACGUCACCCCCACCCUGCAGGGCCUCCUGUCCCCCCGCCACUCUUUAACAGGCCACACCGAUCCCAGGCUGCCCCCCCAAGACCUGGCUGCCCUGCUCAAGAGGCAGAGCCCCCGGCCGUGCCCAGCACCCCCCACACCACCCAGCGGUCCACCCCAAGAGUAUGGAGAGAUGCUGCUUCUCCACCAGCUGAGCCAGGGUGAGAGCUUGGAGCCGCCGGCACCGCAAGGUGCCUCUGGAGGCCAGCACUACCUCCACCUACUCCAGAUUCGACCCCCAGAGGUCCAGCCUCAGCAGCACCCUGCCCAGGCGCCUUGCCCCAGCUUGCCUCACUCAGAGAGCAUGGAGGAGGAUGAGGUGCCGGCUGCCUACCACCACCCACACGAGGGCCUGCUGGCCAAGGCAGGAGAAGGUCAUGAGCUCCUGGGUCCUCCCCGAGGAGGAACCCCACCCUACAGCUCCCCUACACACAGGCAUGGUGGCUACAUAAGGAGUGCUUCAGCAGCUAGAGAGUCUGAGCAUGUGGAGUGCAGGCCCCCGGGGCAGGCCAUGGAGGUGCCUGAUCAUAAUGGUGUGGGCUAUUCACGAGGUGCUCAGGGUGACGCCUAUAGAUCCCGUGGACAGCUACAGCGUCACCACACCAUCCAGACCUGUGAUGAUGCCUAUGACCAGGCAGAGCCCAUGUCUGGAAUGAGCCUGUUGGCUGGGAAGGCAUUAAGCUCCGCUCGCAUGUCAGACAUCCUCAGCCAGACGUCACUGACAGGAAGCCAGCAGCUGCACCAGCGGGAAGAGUCAGUGUGUGAUGUCGAAGGAGAGCUCCAUGCGGCAGCCUGCUACCCUUCCUCCUGCACCAGUGACAUGCUCCUCAGCUACAAGCCCCCGGACCUGCAGUACAGCAUGGAGCAGGCUGGGGUCUAGCACAGGAAAGGGUGUAUCCUGUGUACAGCGGUCCAUAUCAGCCAUCCUGAGUUGUGUUGACUUGAGUUGAGCAGCAUCAUGCCAAACCACCGUCGUCUGCCCAAGCGGGGGGCACUCUACGUCCAUCUGUCUGUCUCCAUCUGUCCCUGGGAGGGCAGUCUGCACGCGAGAGAAGGGGGGAGUGUGGGUGGGGGUCACAGGUGGGGCCACGGGGUUCAAAGGUCAAAGUGCCAGCAUUUUCCGCACAGACAUCCAGCACUCAUUGCCGCAGGUUGUCUCCUCUUUUCACCUCCCAUCGUGGGUAGAUUGGGGUUCCACUCCUCCCUCUUUCGACUUGACCCCCUCACUUCCUCCCCUAACAAACCUGGCCCACCCCCCCGUCCCACAUCCACCUGCUGCCCUGACUUAAACCUUCCCCUUUAUUAACUGUUGGCAUACUUCAUUAUGUGCCUCAUUGGCCAACGCAUUGAUACAGUCACACUCACAAGAACAUGGAGUCCAACAUACACACUGCUGCCACAAACCCAAAGUAUUCACAUUAGGUGUGAGUGUGUGUGUGUCUGUGUGUGUGCGUGCGUGCGUGCACAUGACUGAGAAGAAGGGGUGAGCGGAGGGGAAAGGCGUCUAUGAGGUUCAGUCUGCUCCGCCCUCCCUCCCCCCUCCUGUUAGCCUGCAGCAGAUCAUUCCGGAGUGGGCUGAAGUCUCAAUAGCGGCGGCCCCUUUUUGGCCGGGUGGCGGGUGUUUUGGGUCAGGCUCCAACUGGGCAACAAAAGCGCUCUCUCCAAAGAUUGAGCUCAGUGACAUCGCACAGGACAAACCAGCUCUCAUUGUUUUUUUUUUUUGUUUGUUUUGUUUUUCCUGUUUCUGGCAUUCAUGUUCUUUUUUUAUUUUAUUUUAAAAUUCAUUUUUACGGCUAAUGUCCAUGAAGGCAUUAUGGUCAAUAUUGUUACUCUUAUUGUUAUUACUGUUUUCUGUAAAAGAAGUUUUAUUAUAAUGGUUAUUAUUAAUAUUAUUAUUAUUAUUAUUAAAGGAAAAACAGUUCUGUGUUGCAAGGAAGACAACAAUGUUCCUUGAUUACUUAAGUAAUUCUGCACUUUCGGUUCAAGCUAUCUUCUCUCUGUCUGUUUCCACCCCUCCUCACAGUUCCUCGCUCUCUGUCAUGCGGUUACCCUGCUUUUCAGUUCCUCCGUCUCCACCCCCUCUGACCCUAACUUUCCCCACCUUGUGUUGCCCCUUUUCUCCAUCCUCCUACCUCCUUUCCCAUGUCAGUGACAGUGUAUUGCAUUGUGGGUAGUUUUACCAGACAUUUGCUCCUUUCCUUGUACAGUGAUGCCAUGUAUAGAACGCUAUUGCAAUUUCUAUAUGAAAUCUUUUUUCUUUCUUCUUUCUUUUUUUUUGUUACCGUUUUUUUUUUUUUUUUUUUUUUUUUUAGAUGUCGUUGGGGAGCCUUUUUUAUAUUGGUAUUGUUUAUCAUUUGUAUUUUUGGAUGUCUUCAAAGUGUUUUCUUUUUGUUUGUUUAUGUUUUAUGAAUCUUUGAGAUUUCUAGCCAAAAGAGGACAGAGAGAAGAGAGACAGUGCUCUUUCUGUCUCUUAAAAAAGAUUGUUCUUAUUUGUUUUAAUAUUAUUAUAUCGAGACACUUGAAUAAGAGGAGAGUAAUUAUUUUGUGUUGCUCUUUAAAGUAUCAUUUCAGUCGUUGAUGUUGUUGUGACUGUCAUUCUUGUUGAUGUUGGGCCCGUUUUCUGUUAACUGGGUAGUUGCGGCAGGCUAUACAGGGUCAGGCUUCGGGCUUUGUCUGGGUUGGUUCGGGUGCUACAGAGACUUGACACUCUAAAAAAGAAAAAAAAAGACAAAAAACGAGGGAAUAACUUGUAAAAUAGCUGACAUAUCAUCCUAAACAUCACAAGUGUGGAGAUGGACAAACCCACUUCUUUUUCUCUCUCUUGCUGCCCUGCCUAUCUGCUGUGAUCCUCCAACCAUCUUUUACUACGUCUUCUUCCAAUCGGAUGAAGCAUUACGGACACGGCCCUCCUCCCAAGCUAACCUCGUUACUAUGGUAACCAAGGAGGAAUCUACAACUACUAUUACUAAACUGCCCUCUCCCCUCUUUCGGUUUUAUUUAUCUGUGUCUCCCUGCCCCCUUUCAAGCCUGGAAGGGAUAAUCAGAGGAGGCCACGGCUGCAUUUCAUGAACGGUUAAUGGAUCCUGUCUUAGUCGGAUACACCUGGACACACCUGGACACGCCUCCAAACCAUAAAAGGGAAACAUUUCAGGAGGUGACCAUAGGAACGAAUUGUUGAAAUUCUUCCACAGCAGGGGGAAUACAAGGUUGUGGUCAGAGCAGGACAAGGUGUGCCCACCUUAAACAUGUCUACCAAGGGCUGUGCACCUUAAGCUGAGUCAAGCUAAAGCACAGCCAGAUGGAGGCUACAGCACACUGGGGACCACAGCAGAGGAUUGAACCCUCCCUUUUCUUUUUCAUUUUUUAAAAAAUUUAAUUUUAUCGUUUGACCUCUAUUUAUCCUUCCAUAUACAAACACCCCUGAAUAUUGAGUCUAUACUGGGGCCAGCAAGAGACUGAUGCAAAGAAUAUAGUUCCACUUGUAUGUGUUUAUACUGGCCAGAUUUCACAAUACCUGGCUGCAUGGUUGACAUAUUGUUUGCUAUAUACUACAUCUGAGAGCUGUAGAUGGUGUCAUGCAGCGCCUGUGCUUUCCAUUCGCAUCAUGUCACUUCCUGUUUACCAGCAUUUGCUCUUGUUCAGACUCGACGUGAUCAGCCUCAGCGGUAAUUCAUGAACGUCUAAAACAAGAGCGCAUGCAGGAGUAAACGGAGGAGUGGGAUGAUAGAUUCAUGAGAUUAACUCGAUCUAAUGUGUUUUCCUGUUUCCUCAGUCCAAGUCUGAUCGGGCAGAAGAAGCUUUUCCUCAUUCCAUCGAACUUUUCCUUCUAGCACUCAUUUGUUCCUCUUUCAGAUCCUCCCUCCUGUUUUCUCUCACUGUCCACACCAAGCCAAAACUGAGGUCUGGAAGAGAAAGAAUUGAGUACUUUCAGAUAUUGCAGAGGAAAUGGCUGGAAUGGAAGACAUCGCAUGUCUCUUGUCCCAUGACGGGAUAGAAAGUCUAAAAUUAAGACCAGAGGCUCCGCUCUGUCUGAUAAAGCAACCAGUACCAGAGCUGUUGUUUCAGAUCCUCGUGAAGGGGGAAAGAGCAGAGGCACACAGGAAGGGAUAGCUCGAGUGAAUGGAAAGCGCUGCACACGACUCCGAGGUAAUGGGGAGGAGAGAGCUGCCUCACACACAUCUUCUGCCCAAUCAGACUGACCCUUCUCCCUCCUCCUUUUCAUUCCUGUCUUAACUCUUCCAUCCCUGACUUCUGUCUUUUCUCUCCAUCCCUGCUUCCCUUCUCAGCAAGCCAGCUCUCUGCUCCACUCCUGUUUCUUAGGUUCAUUUUUGUUUUUUAUUGGAUCUUUUUUUUUUUGUCUUUUUUUUUUGGUUUCGUUUUAUUUUUAUGUUCAUUUCUGUUGAGUACAAAAAUACUAAAGUGCAACAACAAUGAUUAAAAAGAAUAUCAACCAAACUGAGAUGAAUAAAUAAAUA